CACACACACAUAAACACACUCUAUUAACAAUGACCAGCAGGAGCUCGGAUUUGAAAAAGACAUUUGACAGCAUCUGCUCGGUGCCCGGGAGUAUUGGUGCAGUGAUGAUUCGCGAUGAUGGCGAGAUAGUGCGGGCAUCGGGAGAUCUGAACGACCCCGAUGAGGCAUAUGCGCUGUCGAACGUGAUGAAGGACGCGGCCCAGCUGGUGACCAUCGCCGCACCAGACGCAAAGUCGUUAACACGGGUGACUAUUACAAGGCAGGUUGGCGUGAGUGUGGUGGCUACGCUGCAUGUCGGCCAUGUUUUUGGAAUCAAGCAGACUGACAAAUAAUCUUGCACUUCUGGAGAGUACAGCCGCAAAAACGGAUGUGUGUGGGGAUUGAUCGUGAAUGCGUUGUAUACCUUUUUCUGUUUCUUUAUUCCCCUCAAAGUUUGCAACCGCAUUGAGCUUUUCUACUUUUCUUUUCUUCCAUUUUGUUUUGAAUUUCACG